CUUCCUUGGUAACCCACAUGGAAACAGACCGGUUCUAUGUGUGUUUGGAGUUAACGUGCCGAUUAUAACAAAUUCAAACAUUGAAGAAAUAACGAGUAAGGGGGCAUUAUUGUUAGAUGUUAUUGGUUACUUAUAAGACUUUUAUAAACAUAACACAGCCAUGAAGAUCGAGGAAGUGAAAAGCACCACGAAAACGCAGCGCGUCGCCUCUCACAGCCAUGUGAAAGGACUCGGGCUAGACGAGGCCGGGAAUGCAAAGCAAAAUGCGUCAGGUCUUGUGGGGCAGGAGGCUGCAAGAGAGGCUUGUGGUAUUAUUGUGGAACUGAUCCGCUCAAAGAAGAUGUCAGGAAGGGCAGUUUUACUGGCUGGACCUCCCGGUACAGGAAAGACUGCCAUGGCUUUGGCUAUGGCACAGGAACUGGGCAACAAGGUGCCAUUCUGCCCCAUGGUGGGUAGUGAGGUCUACUCUUCAGAGAUCAAGAAAACAGAGGUGCUGAUGGAGAACUUCAGGAGGGCAAUAGGGCUGCGUAUCAAGGAAACCAAGGAGGUGUAUGAGGGGGAGGUCACAGAGCUGACCCCCUGUGAGACGGAGAACCCCAUGGGUGGUUAUGGGAAGACCAUCAGCCAUGUCAUCAUCGGACUGAAGACAGGCAAGGGCACCAAGCAGCUCAAGCUGGAUCCCAGUAUUUAUGAGAGCCUGCAGAAGGAGCGUGUGGAGGCGGGAGACGUUAUCUACAUUGAAUCAAACAGUGGAGCCGUCAAGAGACAAGGUCGGUGUGACACAUUUGCCACGGAGUUUGACCUGGAGGCUGAGGAGUACGUGCCGCUGCCCAAGGGGGACGUCCACAAGAAGAAAGAGAUAAUCCAAGACGUCACGCUACACGACCUGGACAUUGCCAACGCUAGACCACAGGGAGGUCAAGAUAUCCUGUCUAUGAUGGGACAGUUGAUGAAGCCCAAGAAGACCGAGAUCACAGACAAGCUGCGAGCUGAGAUCAACAAGGUGGUAAAUCGUUACAUUGACCAGGGUGUGGCUGAGCUGGUCCCCGGGGUGCUGUUUGUGGACGAGGUGCACAUGCUGGACAUUGAGUGUUUCACCUACCUGCACCGAGCCCUGGAGAGCACCAUCGCACCCAUCGUAGUGUUCGCCUCCAACAGGGGCAACUGCCUCAUCAGGGGGACAGAGGACAUCAGUUCUCCUCAUGGCAUUCCUCUGGACCUGCUGGACAGGGUCAUGAUCAUCCGCACCAUGCUCUACACACCACAGGAGAUGAAGCAGAUCAUUAAAAUCCGUGCUCAGACUGAGGGGAUCAACAUCAGCGAGGAGGCCCUCAGUCACCUGGGAGAGAUUGGAACCAAGACCACCCUCAGGUAUGCGGCGCAGCUGCUGACCCCAGCCAGUCUGUUAGGCAGAGUCCAGGGGAAGGAGGGAGUAGAGAGGGAGCAGGUGGAGGAGAUCAACGAACUCUUCUACGAUGCCAAGUCCUCCGCUAAGAUUCUCCAGGACCAGCAGCACAAGUACAUGAAAUAAAGAACUAACACCCCUUCUCCAGUUCAUCCACCCUUCUCUACAUCCCUCCAGCUGCUGUUUCUACCACAGGGCUAAGCAUCAUGUUUGCCCUGGCAGUUUUUUCAUCUCCCAGUUCUCCAUGUAAAGUUCAUCCCUCUCUUCUUUCUUUUGUCCUGUAUUACAUCCUUUCUCUUGUUCAACACCCCCCCCCCAAGCUGCCCCAUCUGUGCCUCAGACUGUAGUGGUUUGUACUGUUCUGAUAAAAACAUUUUUUUAGGGUUCUUUGCUUGUUAAUAUUAUUUUUUUUCAAUAAGGGAAAACAUGGAAAAUUUGAUUUGUUUGUCAUUGUUGCUCGCAGACUUAUUCUCAGAUACAUAGAAUAGACACUGCUAGAUUAACUAUACUGUACUAGCUAGUGAUACUGUAAGGACUGGGAUUGACAGACGGAACGUUGGAUAGUCCUACAUAGACAUUUCUGUUUCAUGUUUGAUAAGCCUACAGAUACAUUUCCAUUUAGCAAACCAUUUGUUACCCUGCUCUAAAUCGGCGUGAUGUUCGUAAGACUCAUGAGGUAGAAGUUAUGUUUAUUUCAUUCAUGCAUGGUUUCCUUUGUUCAUAUGUCCCGGGUUAUGUCAGAGUUCCAACAUGGAACAGAAAUGUCUACUUGUUGGAAUAAACGGUACGUUGAUGUAAUGAUGAAA